AGGUUUUUUGUUUGUUCGUUGAUUGUUGAUUUCAAUUGUGAAAAGCAGCAGCAGCAGCGAAGUGCAAGCGCCGCUGUGUUCUUUUCAAAAUCGGGUCUUCGACUGCGCGACACACCACAAAAAUACAGCAAAAAGUUUAAAGUGAAAUUUCUAAAAUAUAAAAAAAUAACGAAAAAAUAUUACGGUAAAAUAAAAGCAACACGACGACGCGCUAACAAUUUUUUGAAUGAAAAAAGAAAAUAAUAAUAAAACGUUGGAAGAGCAGUAGAAAGCAAUAAUUUGAAUUAAAUAUAAUUUAAUUAAAUCUAAUAAUCAACAAAUAUAAAAAUAUUGUAUUGCAAAUAGUUACUAAACGUGAUUAACAACAAAUUGUGUGCAACGUGAGAUUUGUGUACUAAACGCCAAAUUAUUUAUUGCAAAAUAAUGCACGCAUAAACAAAACCGUCUGUAAGCAAGCAGCAGUCACAAAAACUACUAAUAAAUCAAUUUAUUAGCAGAAUUCAUAAAAAGUUUCGAGUUUUUACAUCGAAACAUUACCUGAAUAAUUGUUUCAAAGUUAAGGCUAUUGGAGCAGCUCUUUAAGAAAUUGCGCAUGAAAAAUUUCUGUCAAAAGUUGCCCAGACGCAAUAAUAAUUAAAUAAAUGCAAAUGUGUGCGUCGACGUCACAUUACCCGGAAACUUAUCAAUAAUAAUUAUUUAUACGGUUCUGGUAACCACAACCGAAGCAGCGGUAGAAGACCAACUUCGACAAAAGUUCAAAAAUUGACACACAGAGCAAUAAUGUUGGAUCGAUGCGAAAUGCCGAUACAGCUCGACAACGAGAAGCUGCGACGCGAUGUCCGUUUGCCCACAUCGCGUCUCGAUCUCCCACAACUAUGCAACGGCAACAAUGGCGUCCGUGGCUCGUCCCGUACUGGACGAUGCCUAGAUGCGCACAACAACCAUUUGAACGAUAAAACAAGUGUGGCAACAGCCAAUGGCAAUAACAAUAACAACAACAACAACAACAUCGGCUCACCAGUCUCCUCUUCAACGAACAACAGCAGCAGCGGCAAUGAGCGGGGCUCAUCGACCAAAUCAAAUAGCAGCAGUGGAAGCGGCAGCUCCGGCAACUCGGCCAGCAGCACCGGCAGCUCUGAGCUAAAAUGCAAUACACCCAUGACGCCAUCAGAGCUUGUGAAGAAAUACCGCGACUAUUUAACUGAUCUGGAGUUCGAGGAGUUGAAAGUCUACAAAGAGGUCUGGUAUUUUGGCCAGCACGCCAGCAAGAAUUAUAAUAAGCCCGCAGCGACAGCGAAUUCUGCAAAUUCGGGCUAUGACGACGAUAAUGGCAAUUACAAGAUCAUCGAACACGAUCAUAUCGCUUUCCGCUACGAAAUACUCGAGGUGAUUGGCAAGGGCAGCUUUGGUCAGGUAAUAAGGGCUCUGGAUCACAAGACCAAUACACAUGUGGCCAUCAAGAUAAUACGCAAUAAGAAGCGCUUCCUCAAUCAGGCUGUGGUUGAGCUUAAUAUUUUGGAUGAGCUGCGUGACAAGGAUGCGGAUGGAUCUCAUAACGUUAUACAUAUGUUGGAUUAUACAUAUUUUCGUAAACAUUUGUGCAUAACAUUCGAAUUGAUGAGUCUCAAUCUCUACGAGUUGAUCAAGAAGAAUAACUACAAUGGUUUCAGCAUGAGUCUUAUACGACGUUUCUGCAAUUCGAUUGUGAAAUGCCUGCGUCUGCUCUACAAGGAGAAUAUCAUACACUGUGAUCUCAAGCCGGAAAACAUCUUGCUCAAACAGCGCGGCAGCAGCUCCAUCAAGGUCAUCGAUUUUGGCAGCUCCUGCUAUGUGGAUCGCAAAAUCUACACUUACAUACAAUCGCGUUUCUAUCGUUCCCCCGAGGUUAUACUUGGCCUACAGUAUGGCACCGCCAUCGAUAUGUGGAGCUUGGGCUGCAUUCUGGCGGAACUAUACACUGGUUUUCCGCUCUUUCCCGGCGAGAACGAGGUGGAACAGCUGGCCUGCAUUAUGGAAGUACUGGGGCAGCCACCCAAGGUGCUCAUUUCGGUGGCGCGUCGUCGCCGCCUCUUCUUCGACUCGCGCGAUACGCCACGUUGCAUCACCAACACCAAGGGGCGCAAACGGGCGCCGGGCAGCAAGUCGCUGGCACAGAUUUUGCAUUGCCAGGAUCGCUAUUUCAUAGAUUUUCUGCAACGUUGUCUGGAAUGGGACCCCGCGGAGCGUAUGACGCCGGAUGAGGCAGCCCACCAUGAGUUCUUGCAGCCAUCCGCCUCGAGUCGUCAUCGCAGCUGCCGCAUGUCCACAAGCUCCUCCAGCGGCGGCCUCAAUAGCAUCUCACAGAAGUCCUCCUGCUACAACUUUGCAGAGAUCUCGCCCAAUGCGAACGGAUUGAGUGGCAACGGUGCUGUGGUUGCCUCCAUAACGAGCACCACUGCGGUGAGCAAUGCAUCGAUUACGACCACCAAGCCACGCAGUCAUGCCCAGAGCUCUGGCCACCUGCCCGACAUCAAGUUAAGCGUCAGCGAUAAAUACAACAGCAUGCAGAAGGUGGCAGUGCGCUCAAAGAUCACAUCCUCCGUGUCCGAUUUGGAAUCGGUGCAGCAGUAUUCAUUGCACCGGAUCUAUGGCAACGGUGGUGGCGGCGGUGGCGGCGGCGUUGGAGGCACGCAUCAUGUGUCUUCGGCAGCCACGCGUAAGCAUCUCAAUGGUCACAGCAGCAACAACAACAUCAGCAGCAGCAACAACAAUAACAACAACAAUAAAUAUGGCAGCUCCACGUUGGCGCACAACCAUCACAAUGUGACGCACCACAAUGCCUCGACAGCGACGAUUGCAACAUCGACACUGAACCACCACCACCACCACCAUCUGCACCAUGGGGCACAUGGCCUGAAUGGUGUGGGCAUGGGGAAUGCGGCGACUGCGGCUGCAGCGGCCGUUGGAAGCGCCACAGCAGCCAUGUCGCAUUCCCAAUCCACCGGCGAUGUUUCCGAUCGAGCUAUCUUCGGACGUGCUUGACUCCGAGCCAGACCCACCAAGCUGGAGCUUAAGAAAUGCAAACUCGUCAACAUGAUGGACUUUUGGAGCUAGAAGUGGCGCCCACAGCACCCGCAACAGCAACAACAACAGCGGCUCGAGCCAGGAACCAACCUGGCCAAGUACCAUCAAUCCCGUUACCAACAACAGCAACAACAACAGCAACAGCAGCAACACAAACAACAUCACGCACUGCUCGAGCAGUCCGAAACGGAACUUGAAUUGGAAAUGCAGGCGAGAACCGCACGGCUAGACUAAGUACCAUAUAAGCUAUGCGUAGAUCUGUCAGUUAUCUACCAUUAUAUAUAUAAUUAUGUGUAUGCAUUAGUGUGUGUGUAUGUGAGUGUGUAUUUGUUACCCAAUAUGUUUGUCUACAGUAGAUUGUAUUUGUGCUCGAAUCGUGGCUGUUGUUUGUUUGUGUAAAAAAAAAGAAGAAGAAACUCCAGAUCAGCGACAUGAAAUGAAAAUGAAAAUCCCAAAACGCAAA